UCGCUUUCCUUUGCAUAUCAAACUUGUCUUGAUUAAUCUUCCACCGACAAUUUUUUCUUCAUCUCUGCUAUUCUUUUGGUGUUUCAGGGCAAAAUCUCAACUUCUCGCCUCGUUACAUAUGAUGCCUUACUCUACUGUGUUGAAGUUUGUGCUAACUGCAACCUUUUGGUGCACCGCUUACGCUGCCCUAGCUAUUCUGUCAUUUUGGUUCUUCUAAUCAUUCUUUCGCAUUCCAUAUCGGACUUUCUUUAAUCAGUUUGGCUAUUUACAAUGGGUUAUGCUCAACUGGUCAUCGGUCCCGCUGGAAGCGGCAAGUCUACUUACUGCUCUAGCUUGUAUCAACAUUGUGAAGCCUUGAGGAGGACAAUCCAUAUAGUGAACCUUGAUCCCGCUGCAGAACACUUCGACUAUCCUGUUUCCACGGAUAUUAGAGAACUUAUAUCUUUAGAUGAUGUAAUGGAGGAACUUGGCCUUGGACCAAAUGGUGGUCUUUUGUACUGUAUGGAGCAUCUUGAAGAUAAUUUGGAUGACUGGCUUGCUGAGGAAUUAGAGAACUAUUUGGAUGAUGAUUAUCUUGUCUUUGAUUGUCCAGGUCAGAUAGAGCUUUUUACGCAUGUUCCGGUGCUGCGAAACUUUAUAGAACACCUUAAGCGCAAGAAUUUCAAUGUGUGUGCUGUAUAUUUGCUUGAUUCUCAGUUCAUAACUGAUGUUACCAAGUAUAUAAGUGGCUGCAUGUCAUCUCUCUCAGCAAUGGUUCAACUGGAACUGCCUCAUGUGAAUAUUCUUUCAAAAAUGGACCUUGUGAAAAAUAAAAAAGAUCUUGACUAUUACCUUGAACCUGAGGCUCGGGUUUUACUAUCAGCGUUGAACCAGCAUAUGGCACCUCAGUUUGGAAAGCUAAACAAAGCUUUGGCUGAAUUGGUUGAUGAGUUCAGCAUGGUGAAUUUUGUGCCACUUGACCUCAGGAAAGAGAAAAGUAUACAGUAUGUGCUGUCAAUGAUUGACAACUGCAUACAAUAUGGGGAGGAUGCUGAUGUGAAAAUUAGAGACUUCGAUCCUGAUGCAGAUGACUAAGCUGCAAAAGAGGAGCAGAUAAAAUGCAUUAUAUGCUGUAAGCACUAUACUUUCUUUAGGUGGAUAGCCUCAUAAAUCUUUGCCUGUUUCAAUGGUACCAACAACUAUUAUUGGAUUUAGCUUAUGUUUGUGUUGUUUUGAGACAAUGCAAUAAUCCAGUUUUUGGUGAAAGAUGAGCUUUGGUUCGUAAAUGAAAAGUGAGAUUGUUGGCGAUAUGGAUAACAACUUGAUUGUUACAAAAUACGACCGUAUUCGCAAAUGAAUCAAUCCUAGUAGAGCAAGUGCUUGUUCA